UGUUCAUGGUGGACAAUGGAGCAGAUGACUGGAGAAUAGCCAUGACUUAUGAGCGUAUUUUCUUUAUCUGCUUGGAAAUACUGGUGUGUGCUAUACAUCCCAUACCUGGGAACUAUACGUUCACAUGGACAGCCCGGCUCGCCUUUUCUUACACUCCAUCCACAACAACAGCUGAUGUGGAUAUUAUUUUGUCUAUACCAAUGUUCUUAAGACUUUAUCUUAUUGCCAGAGUUAUGCUUUUGCAUAGCAAACUUUUCACUGAUGCCUCAUCUAGAAGCAUUGGAGCAUUAAAUAAGAUAAACUUCAAUACCCGUUUUGUUAUGAAGACUCUAAUGACAAUAUGUCCAGGAACUGUACUGUUGGUUUUUAGUAUCUCAUUAUGGAUAAUUGCUGCAUGGACUGUCCGAGCUUGUGAAAGGUACCAUGAUCAACAGGAUGUUACUAGCAACUUCCUUGGAGCAAUGUGGUUGAUUUCAAUAACUUUUCUAUCCAUUGGAUAUGGUGACAUGGUACCUAAUACAUACUGUGGGAAAGGAGUCUGUCUACUCACUGGAAUCAUGGGUGCUGGGUGCACUGCACUGGUGGUAGCUGUGGUGGCAAGGAAGUUAGAACUUACCAAAGCUGAAAAACAUGUGCAUAAUUUCAUGAUGGACACCCAGCUAACUAAAAGAGUGAAAAAUGCAGCGGCCAAUGUACUCAGGGAAACAUGGUUAAUUUAUAAAAACACAAAGCUGGUUAAAAAGAUAGACCACGCGAAAGUAAGGAAACAUCAACGCAAAUUCUUGCAAGCUAUUCAUCAAUUAAGAAGUGUAAAAAUGGAACAAAGGAAGCUGAAUGACCAAGCCAACACUUUGGUAGACCUGGCAAAGACUCAAAACAUCAUGUAUGACAUGAUUUCCGACUUAAAUGAAAGAAGCGAAGAUUUUGAGAAGAGAAUUGUUACUCUGGAAACUAAACUGGAAACUUUGAUUGGUAGCAUUCAAGCUCUCCCUGGACUGAUUAGCCAGACAAUCAGCCAGCAACAGAGGGACUUCCUCGAGGCUCAGAUACAAAAUUAUGACAAGCAUGUUGCCUACAGUGCUGAACGAUCACGGUCUUUGUCAAGAAGAAGGAGAUCAUCCUCCACAGCACCACCAACUUCAUCAGAGAGUAGCUAGAAGAGAAUAAGUUAACCACAAAAUAAAGACUUUUUGCCAUCAUAUGGUCAAUAUUUUAGCUUUUAUUGUAAAGCCCUAUGGUUCUAACCAGUGUUAUCUGGGUUCUGAUGUCAGAAUCCUAGAAACCUGAACACAUUUUAGGCCAAAAUGAGUGAAAACUCUUCUUUUUUCCCCCUCCUCCUCUCAGAUCCACAGUGAAUGCACUUAUUAUUGCUAUAUUAGAUUGUUCCUCCUGUAAUUUCACUAACUUUUUAUUCAUGCACUUCAAACAAACUUUACUACUACAGUAUAUAAUAUAAUAAAAAGGUUAAUGAAAAGGUUAACUUCUGCACAUAGUUGCUUGGUUACUUGGACUUAACAACUAAAAAAAAGCUCAUGAUCAAAAGGCCUGAUUAUAAGCUUGUAAGAAACAAAAUUCAAGCUUAAUAAUAAUCUCUCAG